GAGGAUGAGCUGCACUCAAAAGAGGAAGUGGUCAUCGGUGACAGAGCUGUGUUCCCGCGAAGAUCGAGACGUGUUUUCUCCACCUUAAUAUUUUCAGGUUUUUAUAAAUCAUCAUGAGUAAAAGAAAAGCAAAAGACACCCAUCUGCCCAUUGGAGAAUGCAUCACUCAGGUUCACCACAUUUUAAGGAAGAGGUUUUGCCACCAGCAGCUUCCUGAUGCACCAGAGGGGGUGGAGGCCCAGCACAGACACCUGAUGGAGCUGCUGAAGCGCACCGCCGUCCACGGAGAGAGCAACUCUGUGCUGAUCGUCGGGCCGAGAGGAGCGGGGAAAACCAUGCUGCUGAGGAGCGUCCUGAGGGAGCUGGCAGAGGAAAAGGAGGUGCAGAAAAACCUCCUGCAGGUUCACCUUAACGGUCUCCUGCAGACGGACGACAGAGUCGCGCUGAAAGAAAUAACACGGCAGCUCCACCUGGAGAACGUUGUCGGCGACAGAGUCUUUGGAAGCUUCGCGGAAAACUUGGCCUUCCUCCUGGACGCGCUGAGAAAAGGGGACCGCAGCAGCAGCCGCCCGGUGCUGUUCGUCCUGGACGAGUUCGACCUGUUCGCCCACCACAAGAACCAGACCCUGCUCUACAACCUGUUCGACGUCUCUCAGUCCGCCCAGGCGCCCGUCGCCGUGGUGGGCCUCACCUGCAGACUGGACGUGCUGGAACUGCUGGAGAAGCGGGUGAAGUCUCGGUUCUCUCACCGUCAGAUCCACCUGCUGAGCACCCUGACCUUCCCUCAGUACUCGGAGCGGGUCCGCUCUCAGCUCAGCCUCCCCGACGACUUCCCGGACGCAAAGUUCGCCCAGCAGUGGAACGCCGCCGUCACGACUCUCUGUGAGGACAAGUCCGUCCGCGACGUCCUGCAAAGACACUUCGACUCCAGCAAGGACUUCCGCUCUUUACACAUGCUGCUGAUGUUGUGUCUGAGUCGAGUCUCCGUCGCCAAGCCGACCAUCACGGCCGCGGACUUCCUGGACGCCAGUCGCUCGUGUCUCGCCGACGCCAAGGCCAACAUGCUCCACGGGCUGUCCAUCUUGGAGCUGUGCCUGAUCAUCGCCAUGAAGCACCUCAACGACGUCUACGAAGGAGAGCCGUUCAAUCUGCAGAUGGUUCAGAACGAGUUCAGGAAGUUCCUGCAGAGGAAGACCAACUCCAUGUACAACUUUGAGCCGCCGGUCAUCAUGAAGGCCUUCGAGCACCUGCAGCAGCUGGAGCUCAUCCAGCUGGCCGACGGCUCCUCGGCCAAGACCCAGAGGGAGUACCGGCUGAUGAGGCUGAUGCUGGACCACGUUCAGGUCAUGGAGGCGCUGCAGAAGUACCCGCAGUGCCCCACCGACGUCAAGCAGUGGGCCAUGUCGGCCUUCGCUUAGACCGCUUAUUGUGCCAUGUCAUGAGUUUUAACUUCACAAUAAAUUAUUACAGAAAUAAA